AAUCUCACCUUAUCUUCUUCGUCCCCCUCAAUCAAUGGCGUCGCUAGCGUCAUCUCUGCAGUCUCUGAAGCUCUCCUCCUCCCCAUUCACCCAUGGCUCCACUCCACGCUCUUCUCUCUCCAAACCCAUUUCCCUUCCGAACACCAAGAAACCGGGUUUAGUCCCUGCGAUAAGAGCCAUGAAGACGAUGCAAGGACGCGUGGUGUGCGCAACGAGCGACAAGACAGUGGCGGUGGAAGUGACGAGGCUGGCUCCACACCCGAAGUACAAGAGGCGCGUGAGGAUGAAGAAGAAGUAUCAGGCGCAUGACCCUGAGAACGAGUUCAAGGUGGGUGACGUUGUGAGGCUUGAAAAGAGCAGACCCAUCAGUAAGACCAAAUCUUUCAUCGCGCUUCCUGUUCUCAAGAGGAAUGAUCUUGGGAUUCCGAUGGAGUCUCAGUCGCCGCCGGCGUAGGGGGUAAAGAAUGGUUGUUUACUUGUCUCUCUGAGCAAACUUGAGUGUAAUUCAAUCGGACUGUUGGUGUUCUUGAAGUGCGUUUAUUUUUGAAUUCGAUGUCUAUCAAUGGUGUAUUGCAUCUGUGCAAGUUCUUCGGCUUGGUGAAUGGACAUUUUAACCCAAAA